CCCACAAUGUCCCUCAUCGCCGCGCUCGCCCGCCUCUCGGCAACAGUUCACCACCCACUCAACGGCGUCACUGCCGGCGACCAGCUCAACCCAUACCUCCCACUCACCCCCGGCACUCAGCUCCUCACUGAUCGCACUUUCCUUCCUUCCCUCCCCACCCCACCAGGCAAUGUCGUCGUCCACGUCCUAAAUGCCGAAAGCGCAGCCGCACCUCGCGUUCCCCGCGCCGUCACCCUCAUCUCUCGCACAGCUCAGGAAGCUUAUGACCAUGCCCUCGUUGCACUCCGCGUCGCCAAGGAGACCAACGCCAAUGUCUUCAACUUUGUUGCAGCAGGCGUCGACGGCGAGGUUGCCAAAGUGUCUGACAAAGAGGCCGAAGCCUUCCUUUCCGUGGCAAUUUCGGACGAGACCGAUGAUGCUGCCAUUCUCAAGGCCUUUGAGGCAGCAUCACUCGAGCUCCUCAAGGUUACCCGCCGCGCUCAGCGCGCACUCGUGCACCACGGCGACGGUGAGCGGGUCGUCCUCAACUUCCUUCCCGGCAAGCUGGAUGCCGACAACGUUGUCGACAUUGCCCUUGCUCAGCCAGUUCCCGCCGACAAGCUCCGCGCGCUCAAGGGCCGCGAGUUUGUCGUUGUCGAGGCUGCCUCCGGCAAGUACGGUGCCGCUUGGGCGUCUGUUGUCGAGGCCCUCGAGGGCCAGGACGCCUCUGUCCGCUCCGUCCUUGUUUCCGCACCUUCAGCCCUUGACGAUCUCAAGAAUGUAAUCUCCUCGGGCGCCCCUCUUGCCCGCGUUGGCUCCCCCAAGCCCCUCCCAGAAAUCCCCUCCAGCUCAAUCACUGUGCCCCCCGCAGAGUCGACGUACACAUCGCUCCUAGAGCGCUCCCCACACCCUCUCGAGGUCCUCAACGACCCCUCGCACCUCGCUGCAUCUGAAUCCACCUCGCCCCUCUACGCCUUUGGAAAGGCCGUCGCCGUCCGCAAGGAGCGCGAGCAGCUCAUUGAGCUUGCCAAGAAGGUCCUCAAGGCCAAGGACACUCGCAAGGAGGUCCACAACGCCCUCGGCAAGUGGCUCCUGGGCAAGGAUGGCAAAGACUCUGCGUCGCUCGGCGAAGAAGCAGCCAAGGCCCUCGGUCAGGGCGUCAACGCCGAUGAGGCCGAGCUUGUCGCCCUCGGCGCCAAGGGCCACUGGGCCAAGCGCGCCCUCUGGAUCGUCGUGUCCAACUCGUGGGCUGCCGAUCUUGCCUCGUCCGGUCUCCACCACGCUCUCGUCUCCGGCCUUGAUAUCAACCUUCUCGUUUAUGAGACCCAGCCCUCGCCCUUCUCGCCCCUCGCCCAGAAGCAACGCGAGCGCAAAAAAGACCUGGCGCUCUACGCGCUCAACCUAGGGGACGUCUACGUCUCGUCCGUUGCCGUUUAUGCAGACUACGCCGGUGUGAUCAACGCCAUGCGUGAGGCCGAGGACUUUACCGGUCCCUCGCUUGUCCUCGCCUACCUUCCCUGGGGCGAGAAGGAAGACGGCGCCCUUGUCGGCCCCACCGAGAAGGCUGGACCCCUUGAGCGUCUCCGUGAGACUAAGCGCGCCGUCUCGGGUGGCUGGUGGCCUCUGUUCCGCUGGAACCCGUCGCUUCCCGACGAGAAGCGCUUUAGCCUCGACGCAUCUCAAAUUAAGAACGCCCUCGCCGAGUUCCUUGACCGCCAGAGCCACCUCUCCCAACUGACCCGCUCGCAGCCCGACAUUGACCCCAAGAUCACCAGCUCGGCUGGCAAGGACCUCUCGGCUGCACGCAAGCAGAAGGCCCGGGAGGCCUUUGACAAGCUUGUCAACUCGAUCGACGGCCCCGGCCUCCUUGUGCUUUACGCCUCGGACGGCGGUAACGCCGAAAAGGUCGCCAAGCAGGUUGUCUCUCGCGCCAAGAUGCGUGGCGUUGCCGCUUCGCUUCGUGUGCUCGACUCGAUCGCCUCGGACAUUGUUGAGAACCUCGCUGCGGAGAAGAACGUCGUCCUGAUCACCUCCACCGCCGGCCAGGGUGAGCCUCCCCUAAACGGCCGUGAGUUCUUCAAGACCAUCGGCAAGAUCGACACCGCCGCAUCGGCACCGAAGCUCGCCGAGACCCGCGUCGCCGUCUUCGGCAUGGGUGACUCCAAGUACUGGCCCCGCAAGGAGGACUACGUUUACUACAACAGGCCUGGCAAGGACAUCUUCCCCAAGAUCCUGGCUCUUGGCACCCAGGAGCUCGUCCCCCUCGGCCUCGGUGACGACUCGGACCCCGACGGGUGGAAGACUGGCUACAAGGUCUUUGAAACUAAUCUCUGGCGUGCCCUCGGCGUUGACUCGGUCGACGUCGUCGAGGAGGCCGAGGAGGUCAUUGCCAACGAGCACAUCAAGAUCGCCUCCAACUACCUCCGCGGCACCAUUCUGGAGGGACUCGCAGACGAGUCGACCGGCGCCAUCGGCGCCUCGGACCAGCAGCUCACCAAGUUCCACGGCACGUACAUGCAGGACGACCGUGACAUCCGCGAGUCGCUCGCCGAGCAGGGUCUUGAGCCUGCCUACUCGUUUAUGAUCCGUGUCCGCAUGCCCGGUGGCGUAUGCACGCCCGAGCAGUGGCUCCAGAUGGACCAGAUCGCCGACGAGCACGGUAACGGCACCUUCAAGCUCACGACUCGUCAGACUUUCCAGUUCCACGGCGUUGUCAAGAAGCACCUUAAGCCCGCCAUGCAGGCCAUCAACCGCUCGCUUCUCGACACCAUCGCCGCCUGUGGCGACGUUAACCGUAACGUUCUCUGCUCGGUCAACCCCGGCAUCUCCAAGGUUCACGAGACGGUCUACAACUUCUCCAAGGCCAUCUCGGAGCACCUUCUCCCCGCCACCACUGCGUACCACGAGAUUUGGCUCGACAAGAAGCCCGUCUUCCAGAACGCUCUUACCGACCUCGAGCCCCUUUACGGCCCGUACUACCUGCCCCGCAAGUUCAAGAUCGCGGUGGCUGUUCCCCCCGACAACGCAGUGGACGUCUUCACAAACGACGUCGGCUUCAUUGCAAUUGUUGAGAACGGCCAGGUCAUCGGCUACAACGUCUCUGUUGGCGGUGGUAUGGGUGUCACCCACUCGAACAAGAAGACCUACCCCCGUCUCGGCACUGUUAUUGGCUUUGUCCGCCCCGAGGACGGCUGCAAGGCGGCCGAGGCCAUCAUGCUUGCGCAGCGUGACCACGGUAACCGCAAGGACCGUAAGAACGCACGUCUCAAGUACACUGUCGACCGCCUGGGUGUGCCCAAGUUCAAGGAGGAGGUCGAGAAGCGCUUUGGCAAGGCCCUGGAGCCGGAGCGUCCAUACUCGUUCGACUCGAACCUUGACCAGUACGGGUGGAUCCAGGGAGCGAACGGCAAGCACCACUUCACUCUGUUCAUUGAGAACGGUCGUGUUGAGAACUCGCCCCGCAACCAGUUCAAGGAUGGCCUGAAGGAGGUUGCCAGGGCGCACAAGGGAACCUUCCGCCUGACUGCCAACCAGCACGUCAUCCUGUCCGACGUCGCGACCGAGGACCUGCCUGAGAUGAAGCGCAUUCUCGCCAAGUGGGGUCUGGACAAUGUCGACCACUCUGGGCUCCGCCUCUCGUCUUCGGCUUGUGUCGCCUUCCCGACGUGUGGUUUGGCAAUGGCUGAGUCUGAGCGCUACCUCCCGGUGUUGAUCGACAAGGUGGAGAAGAUCUGCGAGGAGGCGGGCGUUGGCCACGACGCGCUUGUCAUGCGCAUGUCGGGAUGCCCUAACGGCUGCUCGCGUCCAUGGGCCGCCGAGGUGUCGUUCGUCGGCAAAGCGCCCGGGUCGUACAUGAUGUGCCUGGGUGGCUCGCACCUCGGGACACGCUUGGUUAAGCCUUACAAGGAGAGCGUGACCGAGCCGGAGAUUCUGGCGAUCCUCGAGCCCAUGAUCAAGCAGUGGGCCAAGGAGCGGCACGACGGCGAGCGGUUCGGGGACUGGACCGUGCGCGCGGGGCUUGUCAAGCCUACGCUGUCGGGCAAGACGUUCUGGGACGACAGCUGCGUGGAGUAAAGAGUUAGGGGGAGAAUGUCCCGCCGGCGCGUGGGUUAGAGUUGUGCACUGUCAUAGUUAUCAUACAAUCUGCAUCGGAUCUUGUCGAGAG